ACAGUGACCGGCUUUGCUUGCUUGCUUGAUUGGUCACCUGGAAGGUCGCUGUCUCUGCCUUUUGUUUCCUUGCUCUCUCUCUCUCUCUCUUUUUAACCCCUUUUGCUUUCCAACCUCUUUCUUGGCUUCAAUAAUGAUGGAGGAGGAGAUGAGGGCUUGUUCUUGAAGUCUCUCCAAUCUCAUCUCAUCUUCAUCUUAAUCACCACCAGUACAAACCCACCCACUACUGUUCUUCUUUUGUCUUUUUUUCUUUCUCUCUUUCUUUCCUCUGAUCUUUUUUUUUUUUCAGGUGUUUGUGUCUGUCAGUAGGUGUUUGCUAUCUUUUCAUUAGGCUUUGGGAUUUUCCUCUGGUGUGCUUUAGUUUGAGGCUAUUAGAGAGGCUGUUCUCUUGGGGCUUGUCAGGUUCAGGGUUUGAGGAAAGCUCCAUUUCUUGCUCUUUGGCCUCCCAAUUUCUCAGGAUUGGUUCUGACCAACACCUGGCCCAAUUGGGGAGCCUGUAAUUGUCUCAGGUUUCAGUUUCUUGCCUGAAAUUGAACUGAUUUGGUAGGUUUUAGGUGCUCCAGUUUUGGUUGCGAGUUCAUCAGGCAACUGCUUUCUUGGUCCCCCUGCCUUGAAUUGGGUCAAAUUGGGAUGCUUUUGGGUGCUGUGAGGACGGAGGAGAGGAGGGGAUUGAUGGGGAGGGAGAGGGAUCAGUUCCCCGUCGGCAUGCGGGUCCUCGCCGUCGACGAUGACCCGGUGUGCCUCAAGGUUCUUGAGACCCUCCUUCGGCGCUGCCAAUACCAUGUAACAUCAACCAACCAGGCUAUUACUGCGUUGAAGCUACUCAGGGAGAACAGGGACAUGUUUGAUCUUGUCAUCAGUGAUGUACACAUGCCCGACAUGGACGGCUUUAAGCUCCUUGAGCUUGUGGGGCUUGAGAUGGAUCUCCCUGUCAUCAUGUUAUCAGUUAAUGGAGAGACAAAAACUGUGAUGAAGGGGAUAACUCAUGGUGCCUGUGACUAUCUUCUGAAACCUGUUCGAAUCGAAGAGCUUAGAAAUAUAUGGCAGCAUGUUGUUAGGAGGAAGUUCGGUAACCGCGAGCGCAACAAUCUUGAUAUCUCCAAAGAUUGCAAUAAGCCGCCAACCGCAGAUACCGAGCACGGCCCAAACCAGCCUACCUGUGGUUCUUCUGAUCAAAAUGAGAGGGUCAGCAAGAAAAGGAAAGAAGUACAUAGCGAGGAAGACGAAGAAGGCGACGAUAAUGAUUUUCAAGAAAAUGAUGAGCCCUCAGCUGCAAAGAAGCCAAGAGUUGUAUGGUCAGUUGAACUGCAUCGAAAAUUUGUUGCUGCAGUCAACCAGCUUGGAAUUGACAAAGCUGUACCGAAAAGAAUUCUUGAGCUUAUGAAUGUGGAGAAACUCACCAGGGAAAAUGUUGCAAGUCAUCUACAGAAGUACAGGCUUUACCUCAAGCGACUGAGUGCUGUAGCAUCACAACAAGCUAGCAUUGUUGCUGCUUUUGGAGGUAGAGAUCCGUCCUUUUUGCAUAUGGGAGCAUUUGAAGGACUUCAGAGCUAUCAACCUUUUGCCCCUUCUACUGCUCUUCCAUCUUUCAAUCCACAUGGCUUGCUAAGUCGAACAAGCGCGGCAGCUGCUUUUGGUCUUCAGGAGCUUGCUGCUUCCAACACAAUUCAAGCUGUUCCAGGCAAUGUCACAAUUAGCCAUUGCUUGGAAGAAAACCAACAGACAAAUCUAGCACAAGGCUUGACCGCGACACUUGGGCAACCUCAACUUCAACAGAAUUGGAUUCAUCAAGAAAAUAAUGGCUUGUCUGAUGUCUUUUCUGGGAGUGCUCUGACUAACACUUUGUCCACUACACUCCAAAGAGUUCCAAGCAGUUCAUUGCCACCACAAGAACUUUUGGAGUGCAAACAAGCCAAUGUUAGUAUGCAGCCAUCAAUAAGAAUACCAACUUCAAGUUCAGGACUUCUUGAAAGGACUCUGGGAGUUUCCCCCAAUUUGGGAGAUUCUAGUAUAUCCCAGCAGGGUGCUCUUCCAAUAGAUGGUGGAUUUUCUGCUGAUAGGUUACCAUUGCAUAAUUCAUUUGAUGGUACUUUUGCAACAAAAUUAGAUACUAGUUUGGCAGCUUCACACAGAGAGAUUGGCCAGCAGGGGAAAUUUUCAGUAAGCAUGCUUGUCUGUCCAUCUGACAAUCUUACAUUAGCCAAAAAUGCCAAAACCGGAGAUAGUUCUUCUGGCAGUACUAUAAUGCUCCCUCUCGAUACUGCACGGCAUUCAGACUACUUGCAGUUUGGAGGUUCAAGCAACUCUAUGCAGAAAAUGGAUGCACAGAAACAAGACCAUAUACAAAGCUCAAGUAAUAUUUGGAGUUCUAUCCCAAGCCCUCAAGUGCCCGCUGAUACCCAAAUUUAUAAUACUCAAAACGAAAAAUUGAACAGUGGAAGUUUCAACCAAAAUGUUGGUGUCCAUUUGGCUGACCAAGCAAAUGCAAGUGUGUCAAUAGUACGGCAGAUGAAGUUUGACACAAGAGCAUCAGAAGAUAAGCUGAAGCAGAAGAAUACAUAUGACUUCGGUAAUUCAAAGCUGCAGGGUGGGUUUAAUUCUAAUAGCUGCAAUUUUGAUGGCCUUCUCAAUUCCAUAAUCAAAGUGGAGAAGGAUGAUCUCCCAUUCAUGGACAAUGACUUGGGCUGUGAUCUUUUUCCACUUGGUGCCUGCAUAUGAAUUGAUCCUUUUGUGACAUGGAUGAUUUUGCGUAAUGUCAAGAGUCAGCUGUGCUGCCUGAUCUGUGCCACUUUAUCCAGGCUUUGUUUAUACUAGAUAUUUGGGACAUCAACUAGCUAGGAUCUAGGGCCAGUAGUGGCUUGUAAUCUUGCUUUGUUUCUUCUGUAGGGUUGGCUAUGGAAGUGAGUAGUAUGGUUAGAUCAAGAUAAGAAGCAAAUAUAAUGCUGUAAUGUCAGCGCCUCUUCUA